GCGGACCUCAGAGGCCCUGAAAUCGUCACCAUGGGAGAGAACGACCCGCCCGCGGCCGAAGCCCCCUUCUCCUUCAGAUCGCUCUUUGGCCUUGACGAUUUGAAAAUAAGUCCUGUUGCUCCAGAUGCAGACGCGGUGGCUGCCCAGAUCCUGUCGCUGCUGCCGCUGAAGUUCUUCCCAGUCAUCGUCAUCGGGGUCAUCGCCCUGAUCUUAGCUCUGGCCAUCGGUCUGGGCGUCCACUUCGACUGCUCGGGGAAGUACCGGUGCCGGUCGUCUUUCAAGUGCAUCGACCUGACGGCCCGGUGCGACGGGGUCUUCCACUGCAAGGACGGGGAGGACGAGUUCCGAUGUGACUCACUGGGCAGCCCGCCCUGCUCCGUCCUGCAGGACUCCGUGGCCCGUGCCGGGCCUCUGGCGGGCCGGUCCCCCGCACCCCGAGCCAGCUCCCUCGGGGGAGUCUGUCCCUCGGCCUCGCCCGUCUCCCCACCUUACGUCGGCUCGGACGCCCUCGGAGUGGACUCGCUCGAGGAGCAGUUCCGCGAGGCCUUCGUUUCCGUCAAUCACCUCUUGCCGGACGACAAAGUGACGGCUCUGCACCACUCGGUGUACGUGAGGGAGGGGUGCGCCUCGGGUCAUGUGGUCACCUUGAAGUGCACAGCCUGCGGCCUGAGGACGGGCUACAGCACACGCAUCGUGGGCGGGAACACGUCCGCACUCGCCCAGUGGCCCUGGCAGGCCAGCCUUCAGUUCCAGGGCUACCACUUGUGCGGCGGCUCCGUCAUCACGCCCCUGUGGGUGGUCACCGCGGCCCACUGUGUGUACGACCUGUACCUCCCCAAGUCGUGGACCAUUCAGGUGGGCCUCGUUUCCCUGCUGGACAGUCCGGCCCCCGCCCACCUGGUGGAGAAAAUUCUCUACCACAGCAAGUACAAGCCGAAGAGGCUCGGCAAUGACAUCGCGCUCAUGAAGCUGGCGGGGCCCCUCUCCUUCAAUGAGAUGAUUCAACCAGUCUGUCUGCCCAAUUCCGAAGAGAACUUUCCUGAUGGAAAAGUGUGCUGGACGUCAGGAUGGGGGGCCACCGAGGAAGGAGCUGGUGACGCCUCCGCGGUCCUCAACCACGCAGCCGUGCCUUUGAUCUCCAACAAGCUCUGCAACCACAGGGACGUGUACGGUGGCAUCAUCUCGCCCUCCAUGCUCUGCGCCGGCUACCUGAAAGGCGGCGUGGACAGCUGCCAGGGAGACAGCGGGGGACCCCUGGUGUGUCAGGAGAGGAGGGUGUGGAAGUUGGUGGGAGCCACGAGCUUCGGCAUCGGCUGCGCGGACGUGAACAAGCCGGGGGUCUACACGCGCGUCACCGCCUUCCUGGACUGGAUUCACGAGCAGAUGGAGAGGGACCUGAAAACUUGAAGAGCGAGGGGACGAGUCGCCACCUCGAGUUCCCGCCACGGUGGAGGCGUCCCGUCCUUCCGUGGACUGCUGGGUCGACACCUCGGACGCCAGCGACGCCUUCAGCGCCCGGCUCUCUGGCGCCCACCGCGGAGCCGCUGUCCCCCACCCCUAGGACAAUUCUCUUCUCACGCCUCUCACGAGCCACCGGGCCGUUGGACGAAAACGACCUUGAAGUGCCUUUCUGACCUUUGCUCAGAA